AUGAGCGGUUGCUCCACAAGGAGACCGAGCCCGAGGGCCCCCGUGCCUUCAGGGGCGGUUCUGAGCCUCUCCGGUCCGGGGCUGGGUCCUUUUUCCUUCUUUCCCUCCCGUGGUAGAUCCGGCCCCUGCAGCCCCUAUCCCGCCUUUUCCGCAGAUCGGUACCAGGGGAACCAAGUGAAGCACGAGUUCUUUGUAGACAUGACUUGUGAAGGCUGCUCUAACGCAGUCACUCGGGUCCUCAACAAGCUAGGAGGAGUUGAAUUUGAGAUCGAUCUGCCCAACAAGAAGGUUUGCAUCGACUCUGAGCACAACGUGGACACUCUGUUGGAGACGCUGAAGAAAACAGGGAAGACUGUUACCUACAUCGGCCCCAAAUAGCGAGGGCCUGGGUCCCCGGCCCGCAGGAUGGACCAGAGCGGGCAGGACCCUGAUCCUUCCUGCCUUCCAGACAGAUCUGGAGCCUGGCACUCCUGCCCAACGUUGGGAGUUCCUGCGGAGACCCUCCCUAGCUUCCCUGCAAUAAAGUCAAACUGCUUUUGUUGA